GGCUUUAGUCCCAGCCGCAGACGCAGAGACAGAGAGAGAUGGCUUGCGGAUAUGUGCUGCUCCCGUUGCUGAUCGUCGUGCUUACACUGGCCACGGGCGUCUCUAGCCUCGACAAUGGCCUUGCCGUUACCCCUACCAUGGGCUGGCUCCACUGGGAGAGGUUCCUCUGCAAUGUCGACUGCGAGGAGGAUCCACACAACUGUAUCAAUGAACAGCUCUACAUGCAGAUGGCUGACAUCAUGGCAGCAGAAGGCUGGAAGGAUGUUGGCUACAGUUACAUUUGUAUUGAUGACUGUUGGCUUGCGAGCACACGGGAUGCCAACCACCAGCUGCAGCCCGAUCCCAAACGGUUCCCGAGUGGGAUGAAGAAACUCGCAGACUAUGUCCAUUCUAAAGGACUGAAGUUGGGCAUCUAUCAGGACGUGGGGACCCACACUUGUGCAGGAUACCCAGGCAGCUAUGGCUACUAUGAACUGGAUGCUCAGACCUUUGCUGAUUGGGGAGUGGACCUCCUGAAGUUUGAUGGUUGCUACUUCAUCAAUUUGGACAUCAUGAUUGAGGGUUACAAGAACAUGUCGCUAGCCUUGAAUAAGACUGGGAGAGAUAUUGUAUACUCCUGCGAGUGGCCUUUCUACCUGUGGCCUUUCAAGGAGCCCAAUUACACAGAUAUUAAGAAAUAUUGCAACCACUGGAGAAACUAUGGUGACAUUGAUGACUCAUGGGGAUCUGUGAAAUCCAUCAUAGAUUGGACAGCCAACCACCAGAGUCUCAUUGCCCCAGUAGCGGGUCCUGGAGGCUGGAAUGACCCUGAUAUGUUGGUGAUUGGUAAUUUUGGGUUAAGCAGAGACCAGCAGAUGACCCAGAUGGCACUCUGGGCUAUCAUGGCAGCUCCACUCUUGAUGUCGAACGAUCUGCGGAACAUCGACGCAGACUCCAAGGCUUUACUUCAGAACCGAUACGUGAUCGCCAUCAACCAGGAUCCUCUGGGUGUUCAGGGCCAACGAGUCAGCAAACUACGUAACUUUGAGCUGUGGUCUCGGCCCCUGGCAGGCGGAGGAUUUGCAUACGCUGUUGUCAAUCGGGCUGAGAUUGGAGGCCCACAGAAAUUUUCCAUCGUUGUUUUCAGCCUGGACUCCGGCAAGGCCUGCCAGAAGGAGUGCCUUGUGACACAGAUCCUGCCGACUUUCCGGUUCCAGGGUAUCCACGUCCUAACCUCGGUGCUAGAGUUCUGGGUCAAUCCUACUGGCACUGUCCUCUUCACUGUCUUCCCUCAUAGCACUGGUUCCUCACGCAAUGUGGACCGACGAUCCAACCUGUGAACCGUGUGUUUCAUGGAAUCUUAACACAUUGCUGUGCUCUUGGUUUUCAGAACCAUUUCAAAGACUUUGACAAGCACAUCAGAGUCGAUCAAUUCCACUAUUGCACAGAUUUCUCCUUUUUUUGGCCCCCAUGUUCCUCAUCUCACUUGGGUCUUCCUGAUAACAAUCCAAAUUUUCAUCAACCACAUGCCCCAUAUUCCUCUAGCUCCUCCUGAGUACUUGGCUUCCUCAUCCUUGUGCACCUUACACAACAUCAUAAAUAAAGCAUUUGUUACUGAACAGCAAGGAAGGGGCAGCAACAAAUGCUCUCAAGCGUAGGGGUGGGGGUGGAGGAGCAAUGGUGAUGUUUGACCUGAGGAACGGUGAAUUUUAAUGUCACUUUGCCAGAUCAUGCCUUUCUAAUGCUUUAUGUAGACAGCCCCAGAUAUUAAACACUAUACGGUAAGUAACCACUGAGUUAGGAAACUUCUACCUCAACUAAGUCCGGAGUGUUGGCCUGAAAUUGGAUCUCACUGGAAUGCAGUCACUGAGGCCCCCCAGAUCAUCACUCCUCCAAUCGAUGAGCCAGAAUACUCCCCAGGUUUUUCAUUGCAGUCUAAACCUAACUCAUUCAUUUAUUCUGUAAGACCAAACAGCUCUCCUUACCCAGUUAAAAAUCACAACACCAGUUAUAGUCCAACAGGUUUAAUUGGAAGCACACUAGCUUUCGGAGCGAUAUAACCUGGUGUUGUGUGAUUUUUAACUUUGUACACUCCAGUCCAACACCGGCAUCUCCAAAUCAUGACUCCUUACCCAGCAUAUGAAGUCCAGAGCUAGCAUCAGUGCACUUGGGGUAUUUUCAAACUCAUGCUCUGGCAUCUUCUGUCCAGUGAUUCACCCCUUCCUGAACCAGAGCAAAGGGCCAUGACACUUUGUCCUUCCUUGUGGUUCUGUCAUGGGAACAAUUUAUACUCUGAACAUUCUCCUGUUGUUUGCACACUGUUCCUAUUUUGCAGAAUUGGAAUCACAUAGGAGAAUCAAGCCCAUUAUAGCCACUAUCACUCAAUUCUGGGUUACAGCGACUGCUCAGAAUCAGCUCUGAUAACUCAGGUCUCAGCUGCUGCAUCAAUUUGUAAAUGGCUGUUCAUUGAAUUGAAUGAUUUGGGACAAUCUAUAGUUUUACUAGAUAAGAUUUAUUUUCUCAAAUGUCAUUUUGGUGAUUUUAAAUAUGAAUAGAUGGCUCCUAUAAUAGGAAUUUUUAAUCUUUUAUU